GAUGGCGGCGCUGAGAUACCCCACGCCGCUGCAUGGGCACGUGGGGCGCGGAGCCUUCAGCGAAGUGUACGAGCCCGCGGAAGAUACGUUUCUGCUGCUGGACACGCUCGAGGCGGCGGCGGCCGAGCUUGCGGGAGUGGAAAUAUGCCUAGAAGUAGGGUCAGGGUCUGGUGUGGUAUCUGCCUUCCUAGCCUCAAUGAUAGGUCCUCAGGCAUUGUACAUGUGCACUGAUAUCAACCCUAAUGCAGCAGCUUGUACCCUGGAGACAGCUCUCUAUAACAAAGUCCACAUUCAUCCAAUAAUUACGGAUUUGGUCAAAGGCUUGCUACCAAGGUUGAAGGAAAAAGUUGACCUUCUGGUAUUUAAUCCCCCCUAUGUAGUGACUCCACCUGAAGAGGUGGGAAGUAAUGGAAUAGAAGCAGCUUGGGCUGGUGGCAGAAAUGGUCGAGAAGUCAUGGACAGAUUCUUUCCAUUGGUUGCAGAUCUACUUUCACCACAAGGACUGUUCUAUCUAGUUACCAUUAAAGAAAACAAUCCAGAAGAAAUUUUGAAAACAAUGAAGGCAAAAGGUCUACAAGGCACCACUGCACUUUCCAGGCAAGCAGGCCGAGAAAUCCUUUCAGUCCUCAAGUUCACCAAGUCCUAAUAUACAGUAUGCACAGAGAGCUACUGAGACCUGAAUGCAUU